AUGUCUCUGUCCAGGCUUGUCUCUGUUGUCUCAGCCCUCGCGGCUCUUGGUCUGGCGACCCCGACGGGACAAGGAUGGUCGCCGCAUGGAAACUAUCCACCGCCGCCGCCGUCGCCGCCGUCGCCGCCUUCUCCUCCUGCUUCUACAUCAGCGACGACGACCUCGUCAACAUCACCUGCGCCAGCGUCCUCUGCGCCAGCAUCCUGCUCCGGAUACUUUGAGCCCUUGGCUCCGCCUUUCCUGAAUGAUCUGGCGCAAGCAGCUGGCAAGCUGUGGUUUGGCAGCGCGACCGACCAACCUGGAACUGGCGAGGAUACCAACAUCCUCUAUCAAGAGAUCUUGAAUGAUACGCACAUCUUCGGCCAGAUCACCCCGGCCAAUGCGAUGAAAUUCGAGCUGAGUGAACCGGGGCCAGGCGUCUUCAACUUCACGGGCGGAGACAUUGAUGUGGCAAUUGCGCAAGACCACGGGAAAUAUCUGAGAUGUCAUAACCUGGUCUGGGUCAGCCAGGUCAGCGAAUGGGUCUUGAACGGGACCUGGACCGCAGAUACACUUACAGCUGUUAUGCAAAACCACAUCCAGACCAUGAUCUCCCAUUUUGGAGGCGCCUGUUACUCGUGGGACGUUGUCAACGAAGCCCUUGCUGCCAAUGGGUCUUUUUCUGAAAGUAUCUGGUACGAUGUGAUCGGUCCGGAGUACUUCUUCCUGGCGUAUCAAUUUGCCCAGGAGGCCGUGGACUCCCUCCCAGCCGGUACACGCAAGCCGAAGCUGUACUAUAACGAUUACGGGAUCGAGUCCGGCAACAAGUCAGUGGCUGUGCUGGGUCUGAUACAGCAGUUGAAUAGUCGGGGCCUCCACCUCGACGGCGUCGGGCUCGAGAGCCACUUCGUCGUCGGCGAGACGCCCUCGCUUGAGGACCAGAUCGCCACAAAACAGGCCUACAUUGCCGCGGGCGUUGAGGUGGCAAUCACCGAACUCGACAUCCGUUUUCCGCAGGCCAACCUCACAAACGCCACGGCCUUUGCCCUCCAAGCAGAAGAGUACUACAACUCAACGGCAAGCUGUGUUCAGGUGGACGGGUGCGUCGGGAUCACGGUUUGGGACUUUGACGACCAAUACAGUUGGAUCCCUUCGAGCUUUCCAGGGCAGGGGUUGGCCGACCUCUACAAUGCUGACUUCACGGUAAGCAAUGCUCCCCCUCCAUAA